AAUCAUUACAAAAAAUUAUGAAUAAUUAAGUGCAAGGGAAUAACAACUAGGCAUAAUAAGCUAAUCAAGGUUAAUAAUAAGGAGGAUUUGGUUUUUUCAGAAUAAUUCUUACCAUUAUAGGUAUAAAUUAUAUGGUUUCAUUUUUCUAAUAAAGUCCUCGAGUUGAUACUUAUUUCAACAUUCUAAAUUCAAAUGAUCUAUUUAACUUAACAAUUACAAACAAUGUAACUAAUUGGACUUUUGAAGAGUUAGAUUUAUUUUAUAGUAAAGACACAAUAAUUGUGAAAAACAUUACUUUGACAGGAGAAGAAGUAUAAAUAUAUAUUAUUCAAAGCUACUUAAAAAUCCUUAUUUCAAAAUAGAAUUAGGAAACAGCAACUUUAAUAUUGAAUCAGGCUUUGCAUUAACAAAACUAAUGAAAGUGUAAUAAAAUGAAAAAAAGAAUUUAUUAUUUGAUAAGCAUGAUGAGUAUAUGAUAAAGAAAUCUGAAGAAAAUUUGACUAAUUCAAAAUAUGAAUGGCAUACAAAAAAUAAAUAAUAUAUAUUAUUUGUGCAUGAUUCAAAUUCAUAUCCAAAAAAUUAAAUUCCACCAUAAAUUAAAUGUAAAAUAAAUUGAAUUAUAAAUUUAGAUAGAUUUUAAAGAACAUAAGAAGGUUUCAUUUAUACUCCAAAUCUGGAUGUUGAUAACUAUUUUUUAAGAAAGAAAGAUCAUCUUUUGAUUUAAACAAAUGAGACAUAUGAAAUUCCAAUAGAAUUUAAUUGUUAUAAUUCAUGGAAAUAUUAUAUGAUUGAUUCUUUGAAAUAAGCAGGAAAAUUUUAUGAAAAUUUAGGAAUGGAAAUAUAUGAUGAAAUAGCAGAAGAUAAUACUAAGGAGAUGCUUUUUGAAACUAAUUUUUAUUUAGUUGCUGUAACAAUGAUAGUUAGUUUAUUACAUACAGUGUUUUCAACAUUAGCUAUAAAGAAUGACUUUUAAUAUUGGAAGAAUUUGAAUUCUUAAGAAGGAAUAUCAAUAAGAGCUUUAUAUACAAAUUUUGUAUUUGAUGUUAUCAUUACUUUAUACUUAUUAGAUAAUGAAACUUCUUAUCUCAUAAUAAUUUAAUAAUUUGUUGAAUUAGGAUUGAUGGUAUGGAAAAUCACAAAAACAACCAAAUUCAAAAAAAUUAAUGUAUUUCCUUAUGUAUAAUUCUUGCAUUAAUAAUCCUAUGAAUCGAAAACUUAAUAAUAUGAUUAGAAAGCAGCUAAUUUCUUGUAUAAAUUGUCAAUACCUUUAUUUGGUGGCUACAUUAUUUAUGCUUUGAUUUACUAAGAACAUAAAGGAAUAUAUUCCUUUAUAAUAGAGAGCUUAGUAGAAUUUAUCUAUUUAUUUGGUUUUAUUAAUAUGACUCCUUAGUUAUUUAUUAAUUAUAAACUUAAAUCUGUAGCUCAUUUACCAUGGAGAACAAUGAUAUAUAAGUUUUUGAACACUAUAAUUGAUGAUUUAUUUGCAUUCAUAAUAACAAUGCCAUGGUUAAAGAGAUUAAGUUGUUUUAGAGAUGAUAUAAUAUUUCUUAUAUAUAUAUAUCAAAGAAGGAUAUAUAAAGUAGAUCCAAAUAGAUUAGUAAUUAUUUUAAAUAAUAUAUUUAGGAUGCUGGAUAUUCUUAGGAUAUAAAUACUUAAUAAGAAGUAACAGAAAAUAAAGAAAAAAAGGAUUGA